UGCGACCCCGGCUGGGACGGCGAGCGCUGCCAACGCUGCGUGCCGACGCCGGGCUGCGUCCACGGAAGCUGUCGGCGACCUUGGCAGUGCGAGUGCCUGCCUGGAUGGGCGGGGCGCUUCUGUGACAAAGACCUGGACGUGUGCUCGCAGCAGCCAUGUCACAACGGCGCCUCGUGCGUGAUGGACGACAGCGGCGAGUACACCUGCGCCUGUCUGCCUGACUUCUACGGUGCAAACUGUCAGCUGAAGGCGGGGCCGUGCCUGCAGAACAAGUCGGCAUGUCAAAAUGGCGGCCAGUGCGAAGACGACGGCGGCUUCGCGGCACAGCUGACAUGUCGCUGCCUGGCAGGCUUUGCCGGCCCGCGCUGCGAAGUCAACGUGGACGACUGCGCCUUGGCGCCUUGUGCCAACGGCGCCACCUGCUUGGACGCCGUCAACCGCUUCCUGUGCGUCUGCCCCGUCGGUUUCACGGGACGAUUCUGCACCGUCAACUUGGACGACUGCGUCAGUCGGCCGUGCUUGAACGCCGGCCGCUGCCUUGACCUCGCCGGAAGCUUCCGCUGUGUUUGCGGGCUGGGCUUCGCCGGCGUCACCUGCGAGGUGCCGCUGAGGGUCGGCGGCGGGCGUGAGUGGCGAGGACGCCAGCAGACCAGCGGCGGGAGCGCCAACAGCACGGACGCCAUCGAUGUAAUCUUCAGGGUCACAUUCAGCGAGCCCAGUAUCGGCCUGUCGAGGGCGGAGCUUAUUUCAGUGUUUGUGUUGGCGGGGCUGACGUUGUGCGCCGUCACGCUGACUGCCGCCGUCGUACUGCGGGGUCAUUGCACAGCUCGUGGCCACGCCCCCUGGGAGCGGCGGCGAGCGCAACAGAUCCAUGACGACUGUCACAUAAACUUCCUGCACGCAGCUGAGAGGAAGUUGAACACUGACCCCGCCCCCUCGGAGCCUUUAUAUGCCGAUGAACGCUGAUGUCACCCGUCAUCUGGUCGAACUUUUCAAAAUAAGAGCGUGAGCUGCGUCAAACACCCCGAAACCAUUUCCAGCUUCCCCGCACUGACUCGUCCAACGUGGCAACAUUCCGCACUCGUUUAAUCCGUGGGUCAAAGGUCAGCGAUUGUCGACGCGAACAAUAUUUUUGAGCACAACUGGAAAUAUUUGUGUGACAAUAAAAUCAGGCACUUCCUGUUUUAUUCAUGGGGGACAUAGCAACAUACCGUGCGAUUGGCUGAUUUCACAAACAGGAAGUGUGUGUGUUGUGGAGGCGGGGUCACAUGUCAGUCUCAGCCAAUAAGCUGUCAUUUAGCGAGGUGAGCAUGACCGACUGGGGGUCGGAGUCUGUGGGGUCGAGAUGACAGGUUAAAGGUUAAAAGAGGACCGGGUCUAGAAUGAGGUCAGACU